UUCAAAUUGUAUAGUUAAACUUGAGUAUUAAAAGACACAUUUCAAUUUGAUAUAAGGAAAACAUAAAAUCUGUAUCUAGUCUAAAAUGGGAAUUGUCUUAAUAUUUUUUUUAGUCGUGAAUGCAUAUCUCGUUGAAGGCUUCGAUGCUCAAAGAUCAACUAAAAACUUCACUGUGGAGUAUGUUGUUUUUACGCGAUCCAACGCUAUAGAGGGUCACACCGUAUCACUUAGUAAUGAGCGAGGCUUACAGGAACUUUUCAAACAACAGAACCCAACAAGAUUUAUUUCACAUGGAUGGAGGGGAGACCAAACUUCGGAAUCAUGCAACCUCAUUCGCCAGAAAUAUCUUACUCGAGGCGACUACAACAUCUUCGUCAUUGAUUGGGGCAUUUCAGCCCAGAACCUCAAUUAUGUUCAAGUAGCGUUAGAUUCAUUAGAAGCAGGAAAGCAGGUUGCCUCAUUUCUUGACAGGCUAAACGAGGAGUAUGAUCUUGAUUUCAACAACACUUAUAUGAUUGGUUACAGUCUAGGUGCGCACGUCGUCGGGUUAGCAGCCAAACAUGCAACAAGAGGAAAGGUUAACACUAUUUUUGGUUUAGAUCCGGCUGGUCCAUUGUUCACUGCUGCUGAUCCCAGCAUACGAUUAACAGCGAAAGACGCGUUGUACGUCGAAACCAUACACACAAAUGCCGGGUUUAAUGGUUUUUCGAAACCCAUCGGUAUCGCUUCUUUCUUCCCGAAUGGAGGAACCCAUCAGCCAGGAUGUAGCGAUUUCUUUGGAAGUUGCUCGCAUCAGAAAUCCUACCAGUACUUUGCUGAUUCCUUAGAUGUCAACUAUAAAUUUUUUGCUGUGCAGUGUUCUGAAUUGAUUUUCAAAGUUUCACAGAAAUGUAAAUCUACUGGAAACGUGGCUAGGAUGGGCGGCGAACCAUCGAAUUUCGGACGAGGAGUUGAAGGAAUUUACUAUCUCACAAUUAAAUGA